ACUACAAUCAGGGUAAUGGGAGGAGCGAGAAAAGCUUUCACUUCGCCUCCACCCAACACCUUACAAAUGUGGACGUCUUCGAGACUGCUGCCGUCUGACACGAUGCUCAGAAAUUCCUUCAGACACGCCAUGGAGAGGAAAGUUUCCAUCAAAGUAGCCUCUGUGGGGUUCAUACUGUGCUUCAUGGUUGUUUACCUGUCAUUUGAGUCUUUCAUUGGCACUAAACCCAAUUUCCUUCAAAUCAACUUAAGGAAGCAGAAAAAUAGCACCAUUCCAGCCAACCAAAGCGCCACAUAUACGUACUCUUGGCCGAAAUGUGAGAGGGACAACUCUGUCACCAACAUCUCUGGCUUCAACUCUUUACCUGGCCAUUUGAAAGACUUUCUUUACUAUAAACACUGUCGGCAUUUUCCCAUGCUGCUGGACUUCCCAGACAAAUGUGGAGGACCUGAGGGUUCUGCCGAUGUCUUCCUGCUUCUGGUCAUUAAAAGCUUACCUGGAAACUACGACCGCAGAGAGGUGCUCCGUAACACCUGGGCCAAAGAGAGACUUCAGAACGGAGUGUGGAUCCGGAGGCUCUUCAUCUCAGGAACGAUGGAUAGCGGUUACGAGAAGAAGAAGUUAAACAGACUGCUUGAAAUGGAGCAACGUAAAUACAACGACAUUCUCCAGUGGGACUUUUACGACUCCUUCUUCAACCUCACCUUGAAGCAGAUUCUCUUCCUGGAAUGGAUGGAGAGAAACUGUCCUCAUGUUCGCUUCAUGCUCAACGGAGACGAUGAUGUCUUUGCCAACACCGACAACAUGAUUCUGUACCUCAAAAGCCUUUGGAACAAUAAUGGAAGCAAUCAUCUCUUUACGGGUGACGUGAUCUACAAUCCCAGACCGAUCCGAAAUCCAAAGAGUAAAUAUUACAUACCUGUGCAGGUUCAUGAAUCCAACUCAUAUCCUGCCUACUGCGGAGGAGGGGGCUUCCUUUUGUCUGGCUAUACAGCUUCAAUAAUUUACAAGAUGUCGCACUCCAUCCCCUUUCUUCCCAUCGAUGAUGUGUACAUGGCAAUGUGUCUGGAAAAGGCCGGAGUUCGCCCUAAACACCAUUUAGGCAUCAGAACAGCUGGACUGCACAUUCCCGACAGAAAAGCGGAUCAGUACGACCCCUGCUUCUACAGGGAUAUGCUACUAGUUCACAGAUUCCUCUCGGUCAACAUGUAUGUCAUGUGGCAAAGUUUACACGAGCCGCAUAUCAACUGCUCACACAGUACUAAAAUGUAGCUAACAGAUAUUUGGGCUCUACAAACAACCUUUAAGCAAAUGAAACAGCAUUCAGAGGCGAAAACACUGCUUUCUAAUGAUCAGUGUACUAAUCCAACAAUUUUCUGCCAUCAUUUCAGCGUCUUAAUGCAGCUCAUUUAUAAAUGUUACGAAUGGAUUUUAACUGAAGGAAUUGUGACACUUAAAAGAAUGUGCAAUGAGCUAAACCACACCACUUCACAGUUUAGCAAAGUGUUGCAACUUUAGUGCAAAAUAAAGGUAUAUUUAUUGAUAAGGAAAUUUUGCAUUUGAAAUAGUUUAUUAAAUUUUUUUUUAUUCUUAUGUGGUCACUUUUUGUGAAUCAGAAAAACAAACUGAUAUAUGAAGAAAGGUGAAGGUAUUCCAUGGUAUAAUGGUUACAUGUGCAAUAUUUUUUGAAUGUGAAUAAAAAAUUCAUGUCAA